AUGGACCGUCAGGGAGAUGGCCCAGAGAAGCCAGUGAUUAGUCAAGGCGAGCGAUACGGCAAUGCAACGAUAAUUAAUGCGAGCAAAUUGCAGCCAGUCGAGGGUGGAUUUUAUUCAUGCGGCCGUCGGCCCCCCACCGCCCACUCGCAGCAGCAGCGCCAGGGAUUCACGAUCGCCAGCGUCAUCGACAAAGAGGCUGGCAGAGUGGCAGGGAGGAGUCCAGAGCCAUUAAGCUGCAUCGGCAAAAGGGAGGUGAGCAACGUAGCUCUGUCAAUCUCGGCGCUUAGAGAGGAGAGCGCAAGCCGAAGCCCGGCCCAGAGAUUAACACCCUAUAACCGGUGGUUAUCUCCUAUCAACCGUACAUCCCGGCAGAGCGAAGCAAACCUGAGGCACAAGGCCUUGGAGGCCGGGGAGACCCGAGGAGACAUCAUCCCCUCCCCUGAUUCAGCAAGUGAAGAGAGGCGACCGCAGCUCGAGGAUUGUAAAUUCGACCACAGCGCAACAAUCACCUCUUCCUUCCUGUUGGUUUCCGCUGCGACGGAUGAACGAGCAGAUGAUACCCUCUUUUUUUUCGCCUUCCCUGGUCUGGAAGCGAGCGUCUUAUAUUCCGGUACCAGCCAGCUAGCCUGCUUUUGA